AUGUUCCGGGGCCAUCGCGCCUGGUUCUCGCAGAGCGUCAGCCCCAGCCCCCGGGAGGUGUGGGCGGCCAGCGGUGGGACAGUCACGCACUGGCAGGAUGCUGACUACCUCUUCAGCAGCGAUGCUGCCCACCCGGACACCCGCAGAAUACAUGAGAGCCUUGAUUACUUGGAGGGCAGAGCCACGGUCUUCCACUCCCGUUAUCUCUCCGCAGGAGCAAAGCUCUCUCUAGUUCUGGGCCACUUUGUCCUGCCACCUGCCUGCCUGCAAGAAGAAAUCAGACAGCAAAUCGGUAACUUCAUCUGGGAGCAGGCAGAUGGUUCGCUUGCAGAAGAGCCUGACGAAAACACGAUGGACAAACCGGAGGUGGCAAAAACAGGCUGCGAGGAAGCCGUGGAGGAAGAGGAGGACGAUGCCCUAGACUUGGCUGAAAGCAAAGAAGAAACAGGCUCCAGCGCAUCUGCCGAGAAGGAAUUCCUGUACUGUGCCCUCCAGGAAUACCCAAUAAACAACAUGGUUACAGGCUACCCUUCUGCUCGAGACAUGAAGAAAUACGAAGGUGAGCUUCAUGAUUUCACCCCCGGCGCCUCAGACUACGCGGUAUAUUGGAUUCACGAUAAAAUCAACAUUUAUUCGGAUGCCAAGAGCAGGGCAAAGAAAAAACUGUGA